UCCUCUCACUUCUCUUCAGUCUUAAAGGGGAAUGGCACCAUGUUAAGAAUUCACAUCUUGUUUUUGCUUUAGUCAGUACUGAGGGUUGUGCUCCCUGGAGACAAAUUCCAAGAUGUUGUCUGCUUUCUGGUUUCUGGAAGUAGUAAUGCAGGUUCACAUUUCACUGAGGUCACUGACUAGACAUUAAAUAAUCUCAUUUCAAUGUGUUAUUCGGCUGUCAUUACAUUUAGUCGGUCAUGUGUAGAGGAACUAAGUACAUUUACUCAAGUACUGUAAAGCUGCUGUAAUUGUUCUGCUGAUACAGUGAGAAUGUAUAACUAUACCUGCAUUUUAGUCACAGCAGUUACCUGAUUCAAAACUAAAUGACUCUGGUAACCAGACUAUUAGUGCUAAAGUGUCACCAGCUAUUCUAGCUACAUAACAAACUGGUCAUGUGGCAUAGGUUAAAAAAAAAUCAGCAGUUUAAACAGAAUAUGAGAACUCCUAGUUUUAUUGACAUGUUAUUCUGUAGCCUAUGUACUGCUUAUGUUCCUCAGAUUGUAUUUAGAACCUUAUAUUUAUUUUUGUCUGCUUAAUGAAUCAGUUUGUGUCUUUAUUUUGUGUCUCAUUUUGUUGUUGGCUUCAUGGCCUCAGGGCUCCAUCCAUCCAUCCAAGGCGCUGUUGCGCGCUGUGCGCACCAUCCCUCCUCAUGUGUUUGACGUCAGUAACUUAGGAGGGGCUCCUCGGUGAAGCUGGUUGCUGUUUGUGGUGCUGAAACGACGCCUGGCUUGCGUUGCCAUUUACGAGGUUUUGGCUUCUGUGUUUUUACCGUUAAACAUGCCGUUUUAGUCCGAGUGUCGUCUGAGCAGCUCACACCUGAGUUGACGUUAAACAUGCUGUUUCAGCGGAGGUCUGUGAUGGAUUAGUAGUAGUACGGUGUAAGACGGACACGGAAUGGAUUUACUGUGGUGUCCCAUCGUCGCUGCCUUGGCUGCCAGCCUCUGCUGCACACCUGCCGUCGCUGACCACAAAUUUGGUUGCCUGUUUGAAGACAAGCUCUGUACACCAUAUGAGUUCUGUGUCAAUGAUGGAGUGCUUGGAAGGUGCCAGGAGUUGGCUGGUGCAGACCUGUACACACAUGAGAUUUCUCCCUCUGCUCUGCAACGCCUCAAGAUCCUCCUACAGAAACUGGCUCACAGAGGAUUCACAUGGCAGGAUGACAUCACUCAGCAGGUCAUUUCUAGAGAGCUGUCCAAGCUGAGGAAUGUCCCCCUGCGCCACAAGCCCGCAGCUUCAAGCCCUCUGACCUCCUACAGCAGCUCCAGAGACAGGAAGCUGAGGCCUGUGCAGGCAGGGCUGAGUAGAAGCCUUCAGCAGUACCUGACAAACCUGGGCUUCCUGCCACAUGCUGCAGUAAAUGGACAACCAGGAGUCCAACCAGAAAGAGCCAGCACUCAGAAUGGAGAUGGUCCUUUGGAGUCCAAGCAGCCAAAACCCCAGCAGGGCUGGAAGGAGACCACUAUCUACAGUCUUCAGAAAGGAGCUGACCAACCUCCUGUCACCAAAGUCUUGACCCAGAGUGGUGAGGGCAGGCACCCCAAGCUCAGUACAACUUUCUCCAACUGGGACCUGGCAAGAGGCAAGCUGCUUUCUAGCCACCUGGAGCAGCUUCUUGCCGGAGCAUCAGGCACCCCACAGAACACCCCAGGUGGACAGGCUGUGUGGCCCGAAGGGAAGCUCCACUACCUCAGUUCCAUUCAGCCAGCUCAGAGUGACCAUUCAGAAUUGCAGCCUCAGGUGGCUUUUGGCUCCAGAACCCAGAAACCUAAUCUAAACAGACUUCCAUUCAAGGCCAACUCAAACCGUUUAACUGCUGAAGAACCUCUUAACAUCAUGGACGAGCGGUUUAUCCAGAAUGUGGUGAACCAGCUGGGGAGGCACAGCAUCAGCAUGGGGGCUUUGAUGGGGAAAGAUCAGGACCAUGUGGCUAAGGUCAUCACAGGUUCUCUGCAGAAAGUGGAUGAGGAGCGGCCUGCGGUUGGGGCCCAGCCAGGACCAGGAUCUGCUGAUUCCAGGGGGGGCAUGGAGGGUAACAAGGAGCCACUGGCAGGCAUGCAGCUGAAUCAUCAGCUUGAACUGAAGUUGGACAAAGAACAGGAUCAGAACCAGAAAGACACAGUGAGAAUGAAACAACAAGGCCAGCAAGUAGAAGGUGCAGACAAAGAGCCUGUUGACAAGCAUGCAGCUUUCUUCUCCAAGCUGUUGGACUACCUCAAUAUGGAGCCCUUCGAUGACACUCCAGGGGUCAACACUGGACCCCCAGCUCCACUACAGAAAACAAUCGGACUUGAGAGUGUUCACAGCCGUACAACGCAGGGCCAAGUUCCCCUGCCCCAUCGCUGGGAGGAGAAGACCAUGGCCGUGCCUGCGAAGGAAGGCUCCAUCCUACGGUUAACUGGGAAUGCAGAAGGGCCCAAUGCACAGGUGGACUCAGAGAUCGACAGGUGGAUGCAGGGGAUUCAGACCCCGGCAGCAAAGCAGCAGGUGGAGGAGCCAGAGAAGAAGGACAUGAAAAUUAAAACUCAGCUGGUCCAUGUGGGGAUGAAGGAGUUCUCCAGCAGAGGGAAGGACAGACACUUUGGCUACAUUAUCACCAGCUCAGACUCUCUUACCAGUGACCAGGGCUUAGCCCUCAUGGAGCAUCUGACGCAGAGGCUGAAUCUUCACGCCACAUACCUCACCCAGCUCUCUGUCCUGGGUCCUGCCUUGACUUUCAGAGUUGGUCCCAACCCCAAGAACGUGACCAACGCAGAUCUGGUUCAAGUCGCAGUCCAACAGAAGCAGCAGCUGGAGAAGGAAACAGGCCUGAAGAUAGUGGAGGCUGGAGUUAGUGAUGGAGCCCUGAUGCUCCUGUGACGCAUUCAUUUGAAGAAAUUAAGCAGAAGGACACUCAGGAUUAUCCAGAUGAAAGGAAAGCAAAUGUGCAUUCAUUCAACACUGAUAAAUAGCUGCACGCAUCAGAAGUAAGGAUCUAAUCAAGCACCUACUGAUGCAUCAUAGCCCUCCAUGUUUGCCUGGUAAAUGAGUUUCUCUGUGGAGAUGAGAUAAACAGCCUUAGAGCCUUGAGAUACCCUCCUCACAAAGCAUGCUGGGAGUUAAAUUGAUGUGGCCUGUACAUUGCAGGACAUUUCCAGUGGCAGCAACCAUCACACACUGUAUAGAAAAGAUAAUUUUCCCAUGUCUAUGCUGUCUCCCUUUUCGUGUCAUUGCCUUUUUUCCCCAGUCUGCCUUCCACUUACAGUAUAGCACUUUUAUAGUUCCUCAUUUUCUCUCAUCUUAUUCCACAGUGUCUUUCUCAUGUUCUUCUCAAUUAUCUCUGAGUCACGUUUUUUCUCUUCAGUGUGACCCCUUUCUGUUCCUUGUCUGUCUCUCCUUGCCUCCUUUUCACUCUUUCAUUCCCACUCAGACUGAUUCCUGUGCUUAGCCAGCACCGGUGCAGCGCUGUGUUUGUCAUAUUGAGCCUAUUUGCAGAUAAUUAGCUGCAAUAAUGACCUCUCUGCAGGAGAUGGGGCAAGGGAGGAAAGAGGGAAGGAGGAAUGGAAGAAUCUGUCUUCCACCUCAUGGGGAGAAAAUUUAUUUGUAGAAAAGCAUGUUAAGGAAGUCUGGCCUGUACUGUAU